AUGGUGUUCAAGGUGCUGGAAAAAUCAAAGAACAUGAUUCUGGCUGUGCUGCCUGGCCUGUCCAGCACUUCUACAGUAUGUGUUUUAUUAUCUGUUAUACUUGGCUCUUUAUCUGCUGUCACUGUAUGUGGAAACCUUCUUGUAAUAAUCUCCAUCAUUUACUUCAAACAGCUCCACACUCCUACAAACUAUCUUAUUCUCUCUCUGGCAGUAGCUGACCUGCUUGUUGGGGUUGUAAUCUUUCCUUUCAGCAUGGCCUUUUCUGUAAGUUCAUGUUGGAAUGAAGAUUUAUUUUACCGAUAUUAUGCUGUGUGUCAGCCUCUGACAUACAGGACUAAAAUAAAUGAUCAUGUUGUUGUAAUCAUGAUCCUGGUGAGCUGGACUAUUUCUGCUCUAAUUGGAAUUGGUGUCAUAAGACAGGCACGCAGCAUCCACAACACAAAGUCUGGAGCAGCUGUCAGUAAGAUGGAGAGAAAGGCCACAACAACUUUGGCAAUUAUUAUGGGAGUGUUUCUGAGCUGCUGGACUCCGUUCUUUCUUUGCAUGACAUUUCUGUCUUUUAGUAAUGAUUCAGUAUCAGUGGCUGUGUUUGAAACCCUUAACUGGCUUGCACUCUCAAACUCAAUGCUCAAUCCAUUUAUUUAUGCUUUCUUUUACAGCUGGUUCAGAUCAUCUUUCAAAAUGAUAAUUUCUGGUAAACUAUUUCAAGGUGAUUUUUCUGACUCAAAACUGCCUUGA